AUGGCGGAGCCGCCGCCGGGAGCCUCCGUACCGCGGGGCCGCGGCCGGGCCUGGGAGCGCGGCGGCUCCGCGCGGGACGGUGACGACGGCACGGGGCCCUCCGGCCCCGCUCACAACGGUUGGGACACGGAGACCCCUGGCCGCGCUUUGAACGGUCCGGGCACGGAUGCCGCCGGCCCCAUUCACAACGCUUCGGACACGGAGCUCCGCGGUGCCGCUGAGGACGGGCCGGGCACGGAGCCUCCCAGCCCAGCUCACAACGGUUCGGACACGGAGCCUCCCGGCCCGCUGGAAGACACGGAGCCCCCCAGCCCCGCUCAGGACGGGCCGGGCACGGAGCCCCCCGAUCCCGCUCAGCACGGACCGGGCACGGAGCCCUCCGAUCCCGCUCAUCACGGACCGGGCACGGAACCGCCCAGCCCGCAGCAGGACGCGGCUCUCCUGGCGGGGCCGGAGCUGUCGCUGGUGCCGCCGGAGCUCCACGCUCGGCUGCUGGACCGGCGGGACUACCGUGGCCGUGCUCAGGCCGUGGAGCAGCUGCGGCGGGCGGUGGAGAGCUGCAGCCCCGCCGCGCUGGGCUCCGCUCCCUCCGCCGCCCUGCUGGGGCUGAUCGCGCUGCUGGACGCGCUGCUGCACGACCCCAACUUCGCGGUGGCGCGGGGGGCUCUGGAGGUGACCCGGCUGCUGGCGCUGCGCCUCGGCCGCCGCGUCCCGGCCGUGCUGGCCCCGCUGGUGUGCGCGGCCGCCCGGGCUCUCGGGGACGCGCAGCCGGCCAUGCGGCGGGACAGCGCUCGGCUGCUGCUGCGGCUGAUGGCGGCGGCCGGGCCGCGGCCCGUGCUGCGCCUGCUGCUGCAGGAGCGGCUGCUUCGACACCGCAGCGCCCGGCUCCGCGAGGAGCUGCUCAACACGUGCAUCGCCGCGCUGCUCACCUACCCCGCCGCCGAGCUGGAGCUGCCCCAGCUGGCGGCCGCCCUGGCGCCGGCGCUGCUGGACGCCAAGCGCAGGGUCCGGCACGCUGCCAUGGAGGCGUUCGCCGCGCUGGCCUCGGCGCUGGGCCCCGGCAGCACCGGAGCGCUGCUCCGCGCCCUGGACGCCGUGGAGCUGCGGGCCGGCGGCGCGGGGGUCGUGCAAGCCGUGCAGGCUCGGCUGGCCAGGAAGGUGCUGCCCAAGCUGAGCGAGCAGGGACUCGUGGAGUACGGAGUGCCCUUGUUGCCCUCCUCCGGGCACUGCCGCGGGUCGUGCCCGCCGCCCGGAGCCGACACCGAGUGGCUGCUGAUGGGCAGCAGGAGCCGGAGCGCUCACGGGCACUGCGGACACCCCGCCUGCCCAGAUGCGCUGCACGGCCCCGCCUGUGCCCAGCGGGGACUGAGCCCCCGGAGAGUCCUGAGUGCCGGCAGAGGGAAAAACAAGCUGCCCUGGGAGAACGAGCUGCCCGCCGGCAGGGAAGGGGGCUCGGCAGUGAGGGUGCCUGUCGCGAAGGGUGUGGAGCAGUUGGCCGCAUCCAAUGAUUUCCUUCACUCCCCAAAGCUCCGGGGAAUCCCAGGCAGUGAAGAUUUGUUUUCCAGCAGGAGCAGAGCUCCCAGGCCUUUAUUGGAGCUGAACUCAGAGCAUUCUGCCCUCGGUGCUCUGGGCUCCCAUCAGCCCCAGAUCUCAGGGAGAUGUGGGACACUUGGAUACCCACAGGCACGUGGGAGGAGUGGCAGCGUGGGCUCUGAUUUGCAGUUUUUGGGAUUGAAUAAUUGUCAGCAGGACAAAGUUUGUUCCAGCUUCAAUUUUUCCAGCAAGACCCAGAGAAGUUUUUGCACUCAGGCAGAGCCCAUCAUGUCCUUCCAAGGUCCCAGUGCCAGCCAGGGCACCUUCAUCCUGCCCUCCUUCCCCUUGUCAUCCCCCAGGAACAGCCCCAAGCACCUCUGCUCUGCUGCUGCCUCUCCAGGGAAGUGCCAGGAGGAUCCCAGGAGCCUCUCCAGCUCCUGGCCCCUCAAAAGCUUCGAGGGGCUGCCUAAGCCUGGCUGCCACAAGCAGCUGCUGAGCCAAAAACCAGGAGACAGCACAGCUGAGGAUAUUUUGAUUCUAUGUUGCCCCCGGGAGCCCCCUGGCACCAGGGAGGGCACAGAGCUGGCAGCGGGGCUGGCCCAGCUGCACCUGGAGCCUGAGGACCAGGAAGAGAUGCAGAAUUCCCUGAGGUCCCUGCGGAACAGCGCGGCCAAGAAAAGGGCGAAGCUGAGCAGCAACAUCGCCGACCUGGAGAGCCCGGACUCGGCGGUGAAAUUGGAAUUUUGCGGGGAUUGCCCCUCUCAGGGCUCCUCCCCCGGCACCGCCUCCACCGAGAGCGGAAUUUGCAGCCAGGAAUGGCCGGGCUCGCCCGGGGCCACGCUGCCCCCCAGGAGCAGAGGGAUGUCAGACACUUUUCCAGCACUGGGCAGCAAAUCCCACCCUGCAAAAGUACCUGCAGCAAGGCUCAGAGACACAGAGGGGGCAGAGCAUCACCCCAGCACAGGCCCUGCAGAGUCACUGCCUGGGUUUGCACCGAGGAAUGAUCUGGGUCUCACAUCUGAAGACGUUGUUGUUGUUGGCAAAGGUGUUUUUGGGAGCCCUCCUGCCCCAGCUCCCAGCCACUCCAUGCCCUGUGUGGCCAAUGGGGAUGCCCAGGCUGCCAGGGAGGGAGCAGAGCCAGCCCCAGGGAGAAGCUUCCAGCAAAGCAGCACUUGCCAUUCCCAGUGCCAUGCAGGGAGUGAAGGACAGAUAAAAGUGACCUUGUCAAAAUCUGCUCAGGAGAAGCUGAGGAGGAAAAGGAAAGAAGACAAAGAACAAAACCAUAAAGAGCAGCAGGAAAGCAAAACCUUGGGAGGGAAGGAAGAAUUCCCUUGGGAAAGGAUUAGACUGAGUAUGAGUGAACCAGAGAAACUCACAGCAGAAAGGUUUAAUCUCUGUGGGGAUUUAUUGACAUCACCAAGAAAUGGAUCUUUGUCCUUAGAAAACGUGGCCUUGAACCCUUCUCUGAAAAGAACAUCCAGUUUGAAGAGGUCAAAGUGUCCAUCCUUGUUAGAUUCUGAGGUGACACAGAGCCCCGAGGUGCUGGACCCUGGAGAUCUGCAGCCUUUCCCCAGGCCUGACUCAGCACUGGCAGAGGCGCUGGCACUGCUGGCUGACCACGACUGGGAGAAGAAAAUCGAAGGUCUGAAUUUUAUCAGGUGUUUGUCUGCUUACCACGCCCCUGUUCUGACUGCAAAACUCCAUGAAACAACUCUGGCUGUGGCUCAAGAGGUCAAGAAUUUACGCUCAGGUGUUUCUCGAGCUGCUGUGGUCUGUUUAGGGGAUUUGUUCACCCACCUGAAAAAGAGCAUGGAUCAAGAACUAGAUAAUGCAGUAAAAGUCCUUUUGCACAAAGCUGGGGAAUCCAACACUUUUAUAAGGGAAGAGGUAGACAAGGCACUGAAGGCCAUGGUUAAUAAUGUGACUCCAGCACGUGCACUUUGUUCUCUUAUAAAUGGAGGGCAAAGCCACCUGCACUCGGCAGUGCGGAGAUGCACGGCGCAGCACCUGGGGGACAUCGUGGAGCUCCUGGGUCCCGAGCGGGUGGUGGCCGGAGCCCGGCCCGUGGCUGAGCGGCUGCUCCCGGCCAUGGCCAGGUUCGCACAGGACAGCUCCCAGCAGACACGGUACUAUGGGAGGAGGAUGCUCUUCAUCAUGAUGGCUCAUCCUGACUUGGAUAAAACACUGGAGAAGUUUGUGCCAGCCAAGGAUUUGCCUUACAUUAAGGAAACUGUUGGCAUCCUAAGAGAAAAGGGCCUGGGGGAGAUGCCCUUGGACACACCCUCAGCCAAAGGAAGGCGUUCCCAGACUGGAACUGUUGGACAUUUGAGGUCAUCCUCUACUUGCAGAGAUGCUCCCAUCAUCCCAGACAGUUUUUUGGUUUUUUGGCAGAUCUUUGAUGCUUUCAAGCCUCGUUUGCACGACUCCAACAGCAAAGUGAACCAGGUGGCUUUGGAGGCCCUGCACAAGAUGAUUCCACUGCUCAAAGAUAAUUUAUCACCCGUGAUCAACAUGUUAAUUCCUGCCAUAGUGGACAACAACCUCAACUCCAAAAAUCCAGGGAUUUAUGCAGCUGCUACAAAUGUUAUCCAGGCUCUGUGUCAGCACUUGGACACGUCCCUGCUCCUGCAGCCAUUCUGCACAAAAGCCCAGUUCCUGAGUGGGAAAGCAAAGCAGGACCUGACAGAAAAGCUGGCUGAGCUGGUGCAGGGGCUGUACCCACGCAAGCCCUGUGCUGUGGAGCAGAAGGUGCUGCCCGUGCUGUGGCACCUGCUGGGCAGCUCGGCCAGCAGCAGCUCCGUGCCCACAGCCAGCUUGGCACAGGCCCUGUGGGCACAGAUGGGCCCUGGGCUGCUGGCCCACGCUGCUGCCCAGCCCCCACACGUCAGGAAGAACCUGCAGGAGAUUUUGGAGACGGGAACAUAAAAUGGCCACGACUGCAGAGGCUCCAGCCCAGGACUGUCCCUGGAUUGCUCAUGAAGAACCACACGGUCACAUCAGCACUGGGCUUUACAUGGAAAAGUGGAAGACAAUCCUGGACACAGUGAUGCAGUGCUCUUUGUGAAAAACAUGUAUUUUUGUACCCCCACAGGCAGUGGUGCAGUAUUUGUUGUCUCAGGGCUGGGCAGUGGGGAGAAUGAACCCCAACCCUUCUCCUUCCCCAGCUGUGGGCUCUGGACACAUUGGACAAUGGGACACAAUGGGAUAUAUAAAUAAAGGGAUUUAUUUCUGUACA